AUGGCCGCGGUUCCCGAGGUGCUGCAGCAGCAGGACGAGGACCGAACAAAGCUGAGAUCUGUGUCUGUGGACUUGAAUGUUGAUCCCUCACUUCAGAUUGACAUACCUGAUGCACUCAGUGAAAGAGAUAAGGUCAAGUUUACAGUACACACCAAGACCACACUGCCCACGUUUCAGAGCCCAGAGUUUUCUGUUAUAAGGCAACAUGAAGACUUCGUAUGGCUCCAUGACACUCUUUCUGAAACUGCAGACUAUGCUGGGCUUAUCAUUCCACCUGCUCCUACAAAGCCUGACUUUGAUGGCCCUCGAGAGAAGAUGCAGAAACUGGGGGAGGGUGAAGGGUCUAUGACCAAAGAAGAAUUUGCCAAGAUGAAGCAAGAAUUGGAAGCUGAAUAUCUUGCUGUCUUUAAGAAGACUGUAUCCUCCCAUGAAGUCUUUCUUCAGCGGCUUUCUUCUCACCCUGUUCUCAAUAAAGAUCGCAACUUUCAUGUUUUCCUGGAAUACGAUCAGGAUUUAAGUGUUAGGCGGAAAAACACCAAAGAGAUGUUUGGUGGCUUUUUUAAAAGUGUGGUGAAAAGUGCUGAUGAAGUCCUUUUUUCUGGAGUUAAGGAGGUAGAUGACUUCUUUGAGCAAGAGAAGAAUUUCCUCAUUAACUAUUAUAAUAGGAUCAAGGAUUCAUGUGCAAAAGCUGACAAAAUGACCAGAUCUCAUAAAAAUGUUGCAGAUGAUUAUAUCCACACUGCAGCCUGCCUGCAUAGCCUGGCUUUAGAGGAACCCACAGUCAUCAAAAAGUACCUGUUGAAGGUUGCUGAGCUGUUUGAAAAACUUAGGAAAGUAGAGAGUCGAGUCUCCUCAGAUGAAGAUUUAAAGCUGACAGAGCUCCUUCGAUACUAUAUGCUCAACAUAGAGGCUGCUAAGGAUCUAUUAUACAGGCGCACCAAAGCCCUCAUUGACUAUGAGAACUCAAACAAAGCGUUGGAUAAGGCCCGGUUAAAAAGCAAAGAUAUCAAGUUGGCUGAGACACACCAGCAGGAAUGCUGCCAGAAAUUUGAACAGCUUUCUGAAUCUGCAAAAGAAGAACUAAGCAAUUUCAAGCGAAAGAGAGUGGCAGCAUUUAGGAAAAAUUUAAUUGAAAUGUCUGAACUGGAAAUAAAGCAUGCUAGGAACAAUGUCUCCCUCUUGCAGAGCUGCAUUGACCUGUUCAAGAACAACUGA